AUGGAUCCUUCCAAGGAUUUGGCUGCUUACGGUUAUGGAAGUGUAGCUUGGAAGGAGAGGAUGGAGAGUUGGAAACUGAAACAAGAGAAGGUACAGAUGUUGAAGAAUGAAAAUGGUCACAAAGAGUUGGACCAUGAUGGGGAUGGACUUGAUUUACCACUAAUGGAUGAGGCAAGACAACCAUUGUCAAGAAAGUUACCUAUUUCAUCAAGCCAAAUCAAUCCUUACAGAAUGAUCAUCAUUAUUCGGCUUGUGGUCCUUGGGUUUUUCUUCCACUAUCGGGUCAUGCAUCCUGUGAAUGAUGCUUAUGCAUUGUGGCUUGUAUCUGUGAUCUGUGAACUUUGGUUUGCUCUUUCAUGGAUUCUCGAUCAAUUCCCAAAGUGGCUCCCAAUUGACAGGGAAACCUAUCUAGACAGAUUGUCGUUGAGGUAUGAGAAGGAAGGUCAUCCCUCACAGUUAUCUCCAGUAGAUCUAUUUGCGAGUACGGUUGAUCCAUUGAAAGAACCCCCUCUGGUGACUGCGAACACCGUUCUAUCCAUUCUUGCAGUGGAUUACCCGGUUGACAAGGUCUCAUGUUAUGUAUCCGAUGAUGGUGCUGCCAUGUUGACAUUUGAGGCAUUAUCAGAAACGUCAGAAUUUGCUAAGAAGUGGGUGCCUUUCUGCAAGAAGUUUAGCAUUGAGCCACGGGCACCUGAGUGGUAUUUUGCUCAGAAGCUUGAUUAUCUCAAAGAUAAGGUGUUGCCUUCAUUUGUAAAGGAACGAAGAGAGAUGAAGAGAGAAUACGAGGAGUUCAAGGUUCGGAUAAAUGCUUUGGUUGCCAAGGCACAAAAGGUCCCCGAGGAAGGGUGGACAAUGCAGGAUGGGACUCCAUGGCCUGGCAAUAACGUUCGAGAUCAUCCUGGGAUGAUUCAGGUCUUUCUUGGCCAAAGUGGUGGACCUGACACAUAUGGAAAUGAAUUACCACGCUUGGUAUACGUCUCUAGGGAAAAGAGACCUGGAUUCAAUCACCACAAGAAGGCUGGUGCUAUGAAUGCUUUGGUCAGAGUCUCUGCUGUGCUCACUAAUGCGCCUUAUUUGUUGAAUUUGGAUUGUGAUCACUAUGUCAACAACAGCAAGGCUCUCAGGGAAGCAAUGUGUUUCAUGAUGGAUCCCUUACUGGGGAAGAGAGUAUGCUAUGUUCAGUUCCCUCAGAGGUUUGAUGGAAUUGACAAGAAUGAUCGAUAUGCCAACAGGAACACUGUAUUCUUUGAUAUUAACAUGAAAGGUUUAGAUGGCAUUCAAGGACCCAUUUAUGUCGGGACUGGAUGUGUGUUCAGAAGGCAGGCACUAUAUGGUUAUGAAGCUCCGAAGACGAAGAAGCCACUAACAAGGACUUGCAACUGCUGGCCAAAGUGGUGGUGUUGUGGAUGCUGUUGUACUGGAAGGAGGAGGAAGACGAAGACUAACAAGCCCAAGUCUGAGGUGAAGCAGAAGAAUUUUAGGAAGGAUAAUGAAGGAGCAAUUGUGUGUGUGGAAGAGGCUGUGGAAGAGGGCAUCGAAGGGGUCACAGGUGAAAAUUUGGCUCCAACAUCCGAGCAUAAGUUGGGAAAAAAGUUUGGGCAGUCUCCUGUGUUUGUUGUAUCCACAUUGCUAGAGAAUGGUGGCACACUGAAAAGUGCUAGCCCUGCGUCUCUGCUUAGAGAAGCCAUACAUGUUAUUAGCUGUGGUUAUGAAGAUAAAACAGAAUGGGGAAAAGAGGUUGGUUGGAUUUAUGGAUCAGUUACAGAGGAUAUUUUGACAGGUUUUAAAAUGCAUUGCCAUGGAUGGCGAUCCAUAUAUUGUAUCCCAGCAAGGCCUGCAUUCAAAGGAUCGGCACCAAUCAAUCUUUCUGACCGUCUCCACCAGGUCCUUCAGUGGGCCCUUGGUUCAAUUGAAAUAUUUUUGAGCAGGCACUGUCCAUCUGGUAUGGUUAUGGAGGUGGUCUGA